AUGGGGGCUGAGACCAACUUAUCAGAACGUCGUCGUUUGGUUUUGGAGCCACGGAAAGUUGACUCAGGAGCGAGUGAAACUCCACUUGCUGGUGCGAAAACGAGUAAGGCGAGCCCUUUUGGGGCAGUUAGGCCAAGGGAGGAUGUUUUGGCGGAGAAAGGUUUGGACUGGAAGAAGCUUGAUUCGGAGAUUGAGGCUAAGAAAGGAAGUUCUCAAACGAGCAGACCUUCAAGUGCUCGGUCUAAUAGGUCUGAGAGUUCAGGAUUGAGUAAUGUGGUGAAACCUAGGCUAAAGGUGAAUCCUUUUGGGGACGCGAAGCCUAGAGAAGUGUUGCUUGAGGAACAAGGGAAGGAUUGGCGCAAGAUGGAUAUGGAACUUGAACAUCGCAGAGUUGACAGGCCUAAAACAGAAGAAGAGAAGAUGUUAAAGGAAGAGAUUGAAGAGCUAAGGAAAAAACUCGACAAGGAAUCCAUUGCUCCAGAGAUUAAACAAUCUGAUCAAGAAUCCGGGAGUAAUAACAAUCACCAUGACUUACCGGAAACUCUACGCGGCAAAGAGAAAUAUCUGGAAAUACUAACCCGUGAGUUGGACGACAAAGUCAGGUUCAGGCAGAGACCAGUUGAAAGGCAGAGGCGUUUCAUAUUCAGAAAGAACACAUUCCCGGGCUGGAUCAGUGGAUGA